AUGAAGCCAUCCACCCCCUCGCUUUCCUCGCGCAUUAUACCCCUUCUCGCUGCUGCUCUCGUCUUUCCCAAUGUUGUCCUCGCUGCACUGCCCCAGGUCGACUUUGACCGCAUGGGCUCCGUCGGCCUCGGCGGUGCGUUCGCUGGUCUCGAUUUGUUUGACAAUUCCACCGUCUCGUUCGACCCCUCCACUUCCUCCCUGCUCUCGCGCUCUUCCAACGGUUCUCUAUCUUCUUUGGGCUCUACGAACGCCGGCGGGCGUAUAUCCGCCGGCUGCGCUAUCAGCAAUGUCAUCUACGUCGGUGGUGCAUUUUCUUCCAUAGGCGGCGUGUCAGCCUCCAACGUUGCCUCUUACGACACUUCGUCGGAUUCUUUCUCUGCUCUGGGCUCGGCCGGACCCAACGGGGAGGUCCUGGCUCUCUACUGUGAUACCUCGAGCAAGAAGGUCUGGGCGGGCGGCCACUUCAGCUCGCCUGGCUCCUCUGUAGCCGUCUGGGACACUGACUCAAAGUCCUGGGCGGCAGCGCCGUUCGGCGGGCUCUCUGGGGCUUCAGCCACGGUCAACUCCAUAACGACCAACUCCGCCGGCGCCAGUCUAUUUUUCGCCGGUUCGUUCAUCACGUCCUUCCAAGGGAACGGCUCGGUCGUGAACGGCACCAACAACCCCAAUGUGCCCUACUCGCAAGGCGCGACACCUUAUUCCUCGUCGCUGGUCCCUGUCCCACUGCAGAACGCGCAGGUUGAAGGGUCACCGUCGACCUCGGAUUCGCAGUUCAGCAAUAUCCAGAACAUCCUAUGUCCGAGCGGCCCUGAUGGACCCGGGGAGACUUGGUUUGCAGCUGACGGGAACACGGCGGUUAUCACCGUACGCACCUACACGUCGCUCAGCGCAAGUGGUGUUCGCCUUGGCAACACGUUCCUCGACGGUCGAGGUACGACUGGCUUCAGUGUGACCACUAUUCCGGACAACACUGUUCAGACGCUCCAUUACGUGAACCCACAGAACGGCCAGAACCAGACCUGCUCGGGUACUUGUCCCCUCCUCACCGACUCGUCUAUCCUGUACCAGGACUUCCUCUUCGAUGGUCCCCUCAACAUCACGGGCGUGCAGAUCAGCUUGUCCGAAUGGCAAGGAGCGGGUCCAGGCUUGCACAUGUUGCAGCUCCUGUCCUCUGGCGCGUUUGCGUCGGCCGUUGGCGGCCAAAACGGCGCCUCGUGUUUCGCGCCCAAUCCCUCAAACACGUCUUCAACGGGUACGUGGACUGAGAAAGACGCGAACACCCAAAUCGCAGGUACCGUGCAGGCCGUCCUCGUCUCCGACGUCGCGGUAGGCACGUCCCCAUCGAGUGGUCCCAGCUUCACCUGGAUGCCGUAUGUGUCCGCAUCUGGAGACUACGAUGUGAACUUGCUCGUACCCGGCUGCAGUACCUUCCAGGACUGCGCGCUGAGGACGUCGGUGCAAGUGACCGUGUUCCCCGGAGGAGGGAUGCAGCCCUGGGUGACGACCGUGUCGCAGCAGAACACCGACGACGCAACUGCUCUGAUCUACAGCGGCCCGAUUUACCCUACCUCACCUGACUUUGUGACCACCAUUACCAUGACCUUGGCCGAAAAUACCGCCGGGCAAGGACAAAAUGGGCAGUACGAACUUGUCGCGGACAGGGUACAGCUCCUGCUGCGGUCUGCUAACACUACCGGCUCAUCAUCUUCGUCGGGCAACGGUACCGCAGGUGCCUCGGGGACUCGUAGUGGUUUCGGCUUCUUCGAAUGGCCGCUUAGCAGCAAUUCCAAUGUUAACGCUACGACUAACCUCGCCAACUCCACGGAGACCGCUCUCGAUACCAUCGGGUUCGACCUGCUGAACGGCCUAGGUGGGACAUCUAGUUUGACCAGCUCGUCCGUCGCCGUUGCAGCCGUCGCUCACCACCCGUCCGGGACCGUGUUCAUCGGUGGCAACUUCACCUUGAACUCCGGGGCCACUCACAUUGCCGCGUACAACAACGGUGCCCUCUCUGCCUUGUCGAACAACGGGCUGAAUGGCGCUGUUACGUCACUCGUGGUCGACGGGGACACUCUGUACGUCGGUGGAUCGUUUACCGACACGACCACUGGCUCGACGCAGGGGAAACUCCGCGGCGUUGCGAUGUACGACGUACAGAGUAAGCAGUGGAGUGCCAUGCAAGCCGGAGUCAACGGCGCAGUGGCUAGUCUCGCGUACUCUGAUGGUCAGGUACAGCUCGCAGGUAACUUCACCGAGAUCCUUUCCAGCUCCGGUUCAUCAUCUGGCACCAGUGCAGCGGGUAUCGCUGUUUGGGAUGUUAGUCGAAGCUCAUGGAUCAACAGUGGUGGGUUCCUCGUCGGGAGUAUGACGUUCAUCGGGAACGGUACAGCCCCGAGCAAGGGUCAGAACCAGUCGCAAAUCAUGGCUGGGAAUGUGGCCGCUUCGCUGAAGUACGGAGCUCCCGGUUUCGUCAUGUUGCAGACUGGCGGAAGUGACGGUGUUCCUGAGGUGGAGCCCUUGAGCCUGCCGUUGGGCAGUGAUGUCCCAUCUGGUUCGGCGGCGGCGACCACUUCCCGCCGGAGAUCGCAUAUUUCUGCGGUGACAGCUGGAUGGAUAUCGAAUGUGCGCUUCCCCAAGCUUUUCUCGAGACAGUCGUCGGGCGCAUCGACUCUCCCUGCUCCGCCGUCAGCUUCAGCUCCUGCUGUCCUUACUGGCGCGUUCUGGAAGAACGCCUCGUCGGGCCAUGAACUGGUUAUCAUCGGUGGCAAUUUUUCUUCCACGUCUGGUUCAUCUGAAGCCCGCGGCGUUGCGAUCUACGAUCCUACCUCAAGCACGCUCACUGCCCUACAAGGCCCUCAGGUUAACGGGACAGUCCGCGCACUCUAUGUCCAAGAUAACUCAUUGUAUGUCGGUGGCCAGUUUAUCCUGAGCGGCCAGAGUGUCAGCGGCUUCGCCGUCUAUGAUCUCGAACAGCAGCAGUGGAAGAGUUCUCAGCCGCCAUCCCUGCAGCUGUCCUCUGGAACACCUGUCGUCCGCUCGAUCAGUGCAUCGACUUCAUCCUCGUCGUUGAUCAUCGUCGCAGGUUCGUUCUCCACAGCGGGUUCGCUGACGUGCCAUGGUAUCUGCUCUUGGGAUACAUCGACAAAUGCGUGGGCUGGUCUUGGGAACGGCAUUACCGGCGAAGUCGCUUCCGUAGCUUACGCUGGGAACAACCAGGAGACCCUGGUUGCCGGUGGUGUCAUUACGCUGUCCGACAACACCGCCGCUAAUGUGGCACAGUAUACCUUCUCUAAUACGAGUUGGGCUGCUGUCGGUAACGGCGAAGAUAUCCCCGGACCAGUUACUGCAGUGGAAGUCAACGAUGGAAACUCGAGCAGUAUCUUUGCUGCGGGCAGAUCUUCUGAUGGGUCAUCCUCAUUCCUAUCUUUCUGGAAUGGUGCCAAGUGGUCCAACGUUGGGAGCACCUUGGAGUCGAGGUCGAACGUCUCCCAGUUGACAAUGGUCCCACUCCAGAACACGCACUCAUCAAAUGGGAUAAUCGAGCCCGAUCGUAUGCUGCUGGUUUCAGGGUAUCUUGCUGAUUCAUCUUUCGGCAAUGCUUCCUCGGCCUUGUUCGAUGGACAGAACUUCAUUCCCUAUAUCAUGACGACCACCACAUCCGGUGACCCUGGCAUGGUCUCACAACUCUUCCAUUCUCUCACAACCUUCAGUUUCACGCAGAAACAUUUCUUGGCCGUCGGCAUCGUCAUCCUUAUUUCGAUCGCCAUCGCGGCUGGAGUCGUUUUCUUGUUGGUUCUGAUCGGCAUCCUUUGGACCAUCUUCUCAAGGAGAGAUGAUACGGUGGCGAAGUUCGAUGCAGCAGAGGAUGAUGAUGAUUCUUCUGCGCACCAUAGGCCUUCUUCGCUGUUGGCUCACAUCAACGCAGCCACCCGCAACACCAUCAUUGGUUCCACAAGUCCAUUUGGGGUAUACAAUGCUGAAAAGGAGGAAGAAGCUGUUGGCGCGGGUAGGAUUACAUCUCCCGAACCAGACCCACAGUUCAUGCGUGCCGAAACUCCGUCUGACGCUGUCAUUGGCGGAACAACCGGUGAGGAGGCGUACCGACCAGCACAUGCCAGGUAUUCCUUUGAAGGAAUUGGAGAGGGAGAGCUUCCAGUGCGAGCGGGUCAAGAACUCGAUGUGUUAGAUGAUCGCGAUGCUUCGUGGUGGUACGCAAGAGAUCCACGGACUGGACAAGAGGGUGUAGUGCCUGCUGCGUAUUUAUACUAA